AUGAAAGAAUUAGAUGAUAAUUUGUUUAAAGAUUUCUUACCGGUUUCCAAGUUAGUUAAUAGUGUUAACAUCACACAAGACUUACUUGACGUAGCUGAUGCUGUAUCACAUGAUAUUUUUAUCAAUAACAUGCCUAACACUAAAUUAGUUGAUCAAUUUGAAGCUAUAACUAAAGAUACUAUUGAUGAAAUGGUUGAAUAUGGUGCUGUUAUAAAUACCAAGAAGAAUACUGAUAAUUGGGUCAAAACAAGAAUUGAUCCAGUUUUUUUGGGUUUAUGUCACAAGGAUAAAGAACCUUAUUCUCCAAAAUCUAUUUAUAAUUGUUAUUGUGCGAUUGCUCAUUAUUUGAAAGACAAUUCAUUAAUGCAUCCAUAUCCUAACUUGUUUGAUGAAACUUGUUAUGUAUCAGGGUUACAAGUAAUUAUUCCACGAGAAAAAAAUAAUACCAGGGGCAUUAAAAAUCUUGAUAAUACAGGAUGUAAAUGUGAAAUUCCACCUGAUCAAGAUGGCAAAUUUACUCCUGUUGCAGAUAUUCUUUAUUACAUUAAUAAACAUCCUUCUGGUUUUAUUACACAAGAAUUUUUUUUACAAAUAGCUUGCAAAAAAGACAAUUUGCGUGGUAUUUGGUUUGUUGAUAAUUCUCUUGGAUGGUACUCUUAUGAAAAUAUGAUUCGUGAAAUUUGUAAAGUCACAGGAAUAUCAAUGUAUUUAAGGAAAAUCACAAACUAUUCAUUAUGCCAUAUUGCUAUUCAGAUCCUUACUGAAUUAAAUAUUGCUACCGAUCAUAUAAUGCCUUUUUCAGGACAUCGUACUCUUAAUAGUGUAAUGUUUUACCAAACUUUUAUGCCACAAAAAGAAAGCCAUGAUAAAGAUUAUGGUAAUAAGGAAGAAAGUCAUGAUGAUGGCAAUAAAAAUAAGGAUGCAAAUAAAAAAAAAAGAAUUCCCUUAGCUCCGUUACCAUCAAAUAUAGAAUCGAAUUCUUAUAAUUCUAGAAAAAAGUGCAAGGUUCUCAAAACUCCACACGACUGGUCUAAACCUUUUAAAAUUCUAUAUUGCACUUCCUCAAAACAAACAAGCCCUGCAUUACAAGAAAGUAAUAAUAAAGAUCGUAACAAGCCUUUAAAUAAUAGUGUAAUGCCCCAAAUUGACAUUAAUAACUGUAAAAAUAUUAGUGUCAAUAUUACGAUUAUAUAUUCUUAA